UGUUCAUAUCUCCAACAGGCGACUGUACCUCCAGCCCUGCCCUGGCAGAUCGGGUUUACUGUGAGAUCGCCACUGCCUUUGCUCAGGGAAUAUUCAGACAAGACAUCUAUGGCUUCCAAUGAUGUUCGGAUGAAGAAUGCUUCUAGAAAGGCUCCAGACGUUGGUGCGAUCUUCAUGUCAAACAGAACUACAAUAGAAGAGUGUUUUAAGAGAAAACUAUUUGGUCUUCCACAUGCUUUUCUUAACUUUGUGAAAGAAGUCAAAGCUGGAAUGGUUUUAUUUCUUUUCGAAUUUAAGCAAAGAAAACUAUAUGGUGUAUUUCAAGCUGUAACAGAUGGUUCAAUGAAUAUUGUACCCAAUGCAUAUCGUUCAACAGGAAAAUCAUUCCCUGCACAGGUUCAAUUUAGUGUGCUUUGGAUUUGUCGUCCUCUUUAUGAACAUGAUUUUUGUGAUGCUAUUCAAGAUAAUUACUAUGCAACGACAAAGUUCAACUUUGGUCUGUCUAACGAUCAGGUUUGCUCUUAUUCACAUUUCUUGUAGAAUCUAGGCUCAUUGUUUGGCAAAGGAUUCAUAUUCUGUCCAAUAUGCAGUUUAAGUUCAAUUCAGCUCAAUCAUAGAAUGCCAUAGCAGGGUACUAACAAGCCCUCUUAUUCCUUAGAGAAGUAAAGCAAACAAACAUACUUCUUAAUGGGAUAGUUGGUGUGGCCUACUGAAGCUUGUUGUGGGAUGUUGUGAUUGACUGAUUGUGAAAGGAAAUGAACUAAAAUAUGUUCAAGUUAGAAUUGAACCUUGCAACAAGCCCUAAACUGGACUUGUUUCCAACACUCACUUUAUAUUGAUUGAGAAUGCAGGUUCAAAGGCUCUUAUACUUGUUUGAUUCUAGAAAAGUCAGAGUACAAAGAUCUCUGAAAAAGAAGAAAGUCAAAUUGUUGGAUAUAGUAAAUCCCUUAGCUGAUUCUGGCAAACUUGAGCUGGAGAGAGACGACUUCAUGGCUGAAAGGCAAGCUAGGAAUUCAGUGGAUGUACCCCACUCACUGAAUGCAGGGAUAUCUUUUUUCCAGGCUCUGUUCGUGUCUGGAACAAGCAACGAGUUUACCUCAUUUCAUGAAUAUGCUACUCACUCUACCGGUAUUUCAAUAAGCUCAUCUUUUUCUUUAAGUCAAUCAGUCCCAUUGCAAAAAGAGUCAGAGCACAUAGAUAUCUCUUCUUAUAAUGCUUCAUUGGGCCUUGGCGAUUACAUACCACUGUCUUCCCUUAAACAUCUUGAUGCAACAGAGAAUGAGAAUGCUUUCUCAGAGGCUAGGGUUUUGAAAGAUAACCAAAUAGAAUCUGUCUCUUGUCAUGAUUAUAUAGAAUCUGCCUCUUGUCAUGAUUAUAUAGAUCAGUCCUCCUCUAAAGCAUGUAUAUUUCCCAUGCUUUUGGACUGAAGGAUUCAAAUCAGCCAUCUUCUGAAUUUAGUCCAGAGAGGGAUCAAUGUGACGAAAAAUACCCAAGGGUGAAGGGCCUGUAUUCUGAUACUCAAGACGAAAGAACAAUUGUGUUUUCUCGUUUGAAUUUGGUGUCAAAAGCUACUGUAGAAGAUGAUGAAGAUGACUCUCAAGUGACUAAAUCAGUGCAUGAAAUUACGGAGAAGUUGCAGUGGUCUCAUGAAAAUUGGAAAAGGAUGACAAGGAAAACUAAAAGUAUUUCACGUGGAAAACGAGAUAGCCAUCUAAAAAAGAGAGCUAGUGUGUUUUCUCGCUUAAAUUUUGCUUCUGACAAUGCUGUGGAAGAAAAGAAAUUUGAUAUCCAGAUAGAUAAUUUAGUGGGUAGAAAUGUAGAAAUAUUUUAGGGGAAUAAGAGAGAGAGACACAAAGUAGCUAUCAGAAAUCAUGAUAGUGAGAACUUACAGAUGACUAUCCAAGUGCAGAUGAAUGAAGAUGCAUUUCAAGUUGAAGAGGAUCUGGUGGAUACAUGGACCGGGAAACAAAUUGGAGAAUGCAUUCCACUUUUGACUGUUAAUGACGAAGGCAAAAUGCUGAAGAUACAAUGUGAAACUAAGGGAAGCGAUCAUGUAGAUGGUGAAGAACAACAGAAGAGAAGAUUAGUUAGGCCAAUGCUAACAAACAAGUCAGAUGCCAAAACCGAUGAUAAUCAAAUCGGGUUAUCGCAAAAUGACAUAAAACCAGCUCUGAUAUACCCGACCAUUAGUGAUGGCAAUGGUGAAGAGCAGUUGAAAGGCUCGACCAAUAUGGAUUCAAUAGUGACAAAACAAGAUGGUCUGGGAAAGAACUGUUUUGGAGAGGCACAAAGCCAUUGAAUGUAUACCUACUUCGUUGUUUGUCUACAUCAGCUGCUAUCAAAGAUAUGGACAAUAAAGUACUCAUUGUAGAUAAAGGACAAGCAGGAUGUACAAAGUCAUUCUUUGGCACUGGGUGUGAAGAACAUGGUGAGCAAGAUGCUGGAGUUAUAUGUGAAACUGGCAGUGUUUGGUACCUUUAGAACUUGUUAAUAGCGUAUGUGUUAGCAAAAAAUCUGGUCUGGGCCAAAUCGACAGGAGUGAUUCGACAGAGAAGCUAAACUUUUCCAAACAACAAAUCAAGCAAUUGUGGUCUGAACGUUCUAUGCCUUGACAGAUUCAAGGACUUCUUUGAAGGCUGUAAUGCGAAGAAACAAGAAGGAAUAAACUGAAAAUCAAUUGUUGAACAAACAAACUUGGAAUUUAAUCAGUAAGAUUAAAUUUCCAGUUCAAUGUACAUGACAAUCGACAGAGAAUUCUUAGUUACAGAAACUGAACUAUAGAUAGACUACUCAUAAGUAAGAACUAACAAAGUUAAGUUACUCUUACUGCUAUAAGGGUUGUAAAUUUGUUUGAAGAUCUUUUCUAACUUUGAAUUCCCAGCUUUUAUAUUGCUGGUCUUCAAACUCCACUGCUGCGCCGCUGCCACGUGUCCCAUCAUAUAGCCAGCUACUUUCACUUCAAUGCCCAUGAUCUUUGCAACUGCCAGUAACUACUUCUCUGUUGCAGUUUUUCUCCUUCUAGGAAACAUGACGCGUAUCAUGUAUGCCUUGCAUGCUAACUUUAUGGCUUGACGCCUGGGCCAUGUUUGGCCACGUUCCACUUCAUUACUAGAUGAAUCGACAGGAAAACUGCAACUGCCACGUCUAACUCUUUAACUAUUUCCUUUCUGUCACUUGCUUUGUAUUCUAGGCUUCAUAUUCACUCGCUUUUCACUUGUAAAUUUGUGGAAACUCGUAGUCUUUAAACCUAGCAUCCGCUGGACCAAUUCUCUGCAUUUGUUACAUACAAUCGACAGAGAAUAUGCAAUUUUUAGUGUCAACAAUGCCCCCCUCAUUCAAGACAAAAAGGAGUUUUUGCCUUGAAUGAUUAUUUAAAAGAAAUAGAGUUGGACAUUUAAAUAUUUGGGCUGUUUAUCCAUAAUUUGUAAUUAGGCCCAAAUGCUAAAAAUUAAUCCAACAUAAUUUCCCAGAACUUCGAGUAAGCCCACCACAAGCUAUUUGAAUGCCAGAAAUCAAAUCAUCAUUCCACUAUUCUCUAACUUUCUCUGCUAUUUGCUUCUUCAACCCUCUGACUUCGAAAAACCCUUCUGCUCACACUCUCUA